AUGUCCUCCUCCGACGCCGUCCUGCCCACCCGCAUCAUCUUCUCCCUGCUGGGUCUCGCCUCUGCCGUCGGGGGCUACCUUGCCGACUGGAACGAGACGCACGUCUUCAACCCACGAUGGACGCCACACGCCAAAUUCCACAACGGCCAGACCAUGUCGACGGGGCUCGGCCUGGGCAUGCUCACCUGGUACUAUACCUGGCGGAGCACCAACACGGCGAGCACGUCGGGUCUGCUGGACAAUCUGCUGACGGCGGCGCUGAUGAGCAGCCUGUACUGGGCCACGCAGGUGUCGGCCAUCCUGUACCCUGGCACUAAGUGGGUGGACGACGAGUUCAAAGAGAGCCACGGUGAACCGCAAAAGCGCGGCGCCCCUGUGCUGCUGGGAUUGAGCUGGGCCGCCUAUGGGCUGGGCUGGUAUCGUUUGACCAACGGGGGUAAAUCGAUCGGCCUCUGA